AUGCCUUAUGUGGAUCGUCAGAACCGCAUCUGUGGUUUUCUAGACAUCGAAGAAAAUGAGAACAGUGGUAAAUUUCUUCGAAGGUACUUCAUACUGGAUACCAGAGAAGACAGUUUUGUAUGGUACAUGGACAAUCCACAGAACCUCCCUUCUGGGUCAUCACGGGUUGGAGCCAUUAAACUUACCUACAUUUCAAAGGUGAGCGACGCCACUAAGCUGAGGCCAAAGGCGGAGUUCUGUUUUGUGAUGAACGCAGGGAUGAGGAAAUAUUUCCUACAAGCCAAUGACCAGCAGGACCUGGUAGAAUGGGUCAAUGUGUUGAACAAAGCUAUAAAAAUUACAGUACCAAAGCAGUCAGACGCACAGCCUCAUUCUGAAAACCCGAGCCGCCCGGGGGACUGUGGGAAGAAGCAGGUGUCCUACCGGACGGACAUUGUGGGCGGGGUGCCCAUCAUCACGCCGACGCAGAAGGAAGAAGCCAGCGACUGUGGGGAGAGCGCUGACAGAAACCACCUGAAAAGGUCACCAAGCCAUGUCCCCUGCUUCCCCCCGAAACCGCCCUCCGACAGCCCCGUCAUCAAAGCCGGCUACUGUGUCAAGCAGGGAGCCGUGAUGAAGAACUGGAAGAGGAGGUACUUCCAAUUGGACGAGAACACGAUAGGCUACUUCAAGUCCGAGCUGGAGAAGGAGCCUCUCCGUGUGAUCCCCCUGAAGGAGGUGCACAAGGUGCAGGAGUGCAAGCAGAGUGACAUAAUGAUGAGGGACAACCUCUUUGAAAUUGUAACAUCAUCUCGAACUUUCUAUGUGCAGGCCGACAGCCCCGAGGAGAUGCACAGCUGGAUCAGAGCCGUGUCCGGGGCCAUCGUGGCGCAGCGCGGGCCGGGCCGGUCGGCGACUUCUAUGCGGCAGGCCAGGCGGCUGUCGAACCCUUGUGUUCAGAGGAGCAGCCCGGUGGCCCCGAGCCCCGGCCCGCGCCCCGAGCCCCCGCCUCACAUACCGCCGCAGCUCGCAGCAGCUCUCUGGUCUCAAGCUUUGCCCUGGAGAAGCGAGGAUUUUGCGAGUCUCUUGCCAAGGUCAAGCCAGGGAGCUUCAAGGUCCAGACUGUCCCUGCAAGAGAACCAGCUUCCAAAGUGA